CACUUGUUCUACAGUCAGCGUGUGUACUCCAUCUCUCUCUCUCUCUCUCUCUCUCUCUCUCUCUCUCAUCCUCCUCUCUGCCAGAGUUUCACCUGAAGCCAUGAACACCAGAAUCUGUGUGUGUGUGCUGCUGGCUGCCCUCUCCACCAGCAGUUGCCUUUCUCUUUAUACACACUCAGAAGAUGGGGGUCAGUCUGAUCUCGGGACCAUAGCGGAACACACACGCCACACCCGUGCAGCACCCUCCAGUGGACAACUCAGCCUGCUGCCCAAACCAGAGGAUGAUGAAGAGCCCCGCAGCAGUUUGACUGAACUCCUAGCCAGAAUCAUCUCCACCAAAGGUACAUAUCGCAGAAGUCCCUCUUCAAAAAGCAGGUCCAUGGGCACCUCUCACAGAAUAAAGGACAGAGAUUACUUAGGAUGGAUGGAUUUUGGCCGACGGAGUGCAGAGGAAUAUGAAUACUCCUCAUAAGACCCUUUCAACAAAUCAUAAGAUUCAGCCUGAUAAGUCAAUGAUCUGUACAGAGUCACCCAUUUUUAUGUAACUCAAAUCACAGUCUGAGAUCUCGGUCUGAUAUUAAUUUGUUUGUACAUCAGAGAUGAUGCAAUAUAUAAAUAUAUGUGUCCAUCUAUAUAUAUUUAUUUUGCAGAAAAAAAACACGAGUGAGAAUGUAGUCUCUACUGCUUUUAUUCUCAUAAGUCAUGUACAUAUGAUUUUGUCCUCACUUUAGGAAUAUCACAGGUGUCUAUGAAUAAAUCAUUGCCUUAACUCACUCA